CCGACCCGAGUCGGCCGCCGCGUAUCCUCCGGCAAGCUUGCGCGCCGAUCCGCGGCUCUCUUCUUCCGGGCAGUGAUAAUCUCGACGGUUCGGGAUGUGGUGUAAUUACAGAUAACUGCAGGGGAGCCUGAGAGAUACGGAUAUACGAGAAUUGAUAGCUGUGCAAAGGAGUAUAUUAAUAGAUUAGGGUGGAAGUUUGAUUGUUGAUAAAGGUCAUUAGGUAGCUCGAUGGUAGAUAGAAUUGGUACCCUGUCGCAGCAGGAUGUUUAAUAAGGUGUAAGUAGUUAUUAUAAUAAUAUUGGCAUCAUUAGGGGGUGAUAAUUAAACGCGAGUGUGAAACGUCGUCGUAGCGUGACGUAAUUAGCCAUUUAAGUGUGUGGUGAUACAGUGGUGACAAUCCCAUCAUCAGGUGUCCUCUAUAGGGGGUAACUCUGCUUAGGGUGGUAGCGCGCCCCCGUGGGGCGUGCUGAGGGUCUCUACCGGGGUGGGUCAUCAGUACCUCGUUAUCGGAGAGGAUUUUUUCAACCAGGAACACGAUAAGAGGCUCGUGCUGGAGGGCUGGCUGAUGCACCGGGGCGGCGGGGUCGCCGGAGCCCCUGGAGGCCACGGAGCCCCCGGCGGAGCUCGAGCCAUCGAACUCGACCAUCCACCCGCCAUGCCCGGGGCACCAGGUUUUCCAUGGGGCGCCAUGCUCGCCGGACAUCACGCUGCUGCCGCCGCCGGUAUGAUGCAACCACCACUUCCGGCUGCCGGGGAUUACGCGCCCGCACCCGCUCAUCAUCCCUCCAGUCAUCCCGCCAUGCCCAUGGAUCUUCAUGUGCCACAGGCUUUCCCUUACUACAGGUAUCGGGAAGAUGCUCUCUGCUGGACGGAUAGGAAGCCGUCCAUGGAGGACGUCGGGAAUUCUACAUCCGUCAACGCACGAUAUGAGGAGCGACACUACGCUUUCGAAAGUAUUCUAGAAUUACGGAAAGAAAAGAGUAGGGACGCAGCUAGAUCGAGACGUGGGAAAGAGAAUUUCGAAUUCUACGAACUCGCUAAAAUGCUGCCGUUACCAGCAGCCAUAACUUCCCAACUGGAUAAAGCCUCGAUCAUAAGGCUGACUAUCUCCUACCUCAAGUUACGGGACUUUUCCGGUCAUGGUGACCCCCCAUGGAGUCGAGACGGUCCACCUCCUAAUAAAACAGUAAAAGGGGCCAAUCGCGUUAGGUCACCGGCAUCAUUGGCGGUAGAUAUAUUCGAACAGCACCAAGGUACUCAUAUCCUUCAGUCGUUGGACGGUUUCGCGAUGGCGGUCGCGGCUGAUGGACGAUUCCUGUACAUUUCCGAGACCGUUUCCAUCUACCUUGGUCUUUCCCAGGUGGAGAUGACUGGUUCCAGUGUUUUCGAUUACGUGCAUCAACAAGAUCAUGCCGAAGUCGCUGAGCAACUGGGUUUGGGCCUUACUUCCUCUACCGGAUCCUCCGGGCCUCAUUCUUCUAGUUCAGGACUUGCCUCCCCGAGCAGUGCGGCCUCGGAAGAACAUGGAUCCUCCUCUACGGCUAACCCAGAUGUCUCCUCGGUGAUGUCACUGACUUCUAGUGGACUUUACAAAGGAUUUGAUAGGGCGUUUUGCGUCAGGAUGAAAUCCACUCUUACCAAGAGGGGAUGUCACUUCAAGUCCUCUGGCUAUCGUGUCGUUCUACUUCUGUGUCGUCUAAGACCGCAGUACACCUUCAGUCACACAAGAAAAUCCGCACCGCCUCUCAUGGGAAUGGUGGGCUUAGCCAUAGCACUUCCACCACCAAGUGUGCACGAGAUACGAUUAGAAACGGAUAUGUUCGUCACACGUAUAAACUUCGACUUCCGGAUAGCCCAUUGUGAACCAAAGGUGUCUGAUUUACUCGACUAUACGGCAGACGAAUUAACAGGGAAGAAUCUGUACGCUCUGUGUCACGGUGAAGAUGCAAAUCGGCUUCGUAAAUCGCACGUGGACUUGAUCCACAAGGGUCAGGUACUCACGCAUUACUACAGAAUGAUGAAUAAAAGCGGUGGCUACACCUGGUUGCAGACAUGCGCGACCGUCGUCUGCAACUCGAAAAACGCCGAGGAGCAGAAUAUUAUUUGUGUGAAUUAUGUGAUCAGUGGCAGAGAAUACGAGAAUCUGAUAAUGGACUGUUGUCAAUUGGAAGAUGGUGUUACUGGUGUCAAAAGAGAAGACGCUACUGGUAAUGAUCCAGAGAAUGGAUCGCCCGAUGCGGACCGAGGAGAAGGUCGUAGCAGCGGCGGUCCAACGAAUCAGCAUCCUGAGAGACCACAUCGUUCACCUCCAGAGGAUCGUGAAGACACGCCUGGGUCAGAGGGCGAGCCGCGCGGUGGUAGACAUCAUGAAAAUGUAGCCCAAUUGCAGCAAGAACCACAAUCUGCAAAUGUGACGAACGUUAAUAGUCUAGCGACCAAGUUGCGUGGACAUAAGCGAAAAUUUGUCCAGGAAGAGGAGAAUAGUUCUGGUGAGGAAGAGGAGGAGGAGGAGGACGAUACUCCGCACACAAAGAACGCUGGUGCAAGAGGACAUGUUCUGAGUCCCGCAUCCUCUAGCCACUCCGUACCAUCUGCCGAAGUCAACUUAGGCACGUCGUCAAGUCCAAAAGCUCGCAGAACUGAAACCCAACCUGGUGAAGCACAGGAGUCCGCUGUUCCGGGUACCGGUGCUUCUGUCAAGGACUUAGAACAAGCAAUGUCUAAGCAUCUACCUGGUGCACAAUUAGGCAAGCCGGAUUCACCAGCGCUGCACCAACCCACAGACUUCAGUACGGACGCACUAUUGAAACAACAGCAGCAACGGAGUACGAUACAGUGGAUAGGGGCGCAUCAUCACCUGGGACAUUUAAAUCCUCAGCAGAGUGCUGGAAGUCCGACAGCGGCACCCCUACCAGCCUCAGCGCUACUGCGCCAAUUGUAUGCAGCUAAUCGCGAAAGCGUCAUACGCGCUAAUGUACACGGUAUAGCUUCUGCCGGUACUCGGACACCUUCGUCCGGUUCCGGCACGACUUAUUAUGGUGGCGGUGGAGAUGCUGCUCAAGCAGGACCUUUACCGACUCCACCAGGCUCCGAAGGUUCUUCUACCUAUGGCGAGCACCAGUUUGUUCUAUCAGGUCACGCGGGGCCAACUAAAGUGGUUACAAGCAGCGCAGCGGAUGCGUUCACCAGUUUAGUCUCAUCUUAUUCGGCAGCUACGGGUGCAUAUGGUGUAGAUUAUCAUUCCGCCAUGACACCACCAAGUUCAGUAUCACCGCGCGACAAACAACAGCAACAGCAGCAACUUCAUUCCGCUAGUGUCGUCAGUUCAUAUGAGAGUUCAGUCUAUGGGGAACCUGUAUUGAGACACCAGUACGAACCGGCUCAGCCGUUGCCGUUGAAGCCCCAGGUGUAUCCAGCUGCAGUGCAUCCUAGUGCACUCGAUGCUGCCGCAGCGUACGCCUCGGCCGGUCUGGAACAGCCACAGUUCUACCAUCAUCCGGCAACUGGAGCUGGUUUUCAUCUGUACCAUCCUACCAAUAAGGCCGCGACCAAUGGUUGGUACAGCUCGGCCUCCUAGUGGCACGGCCUCAGGACUGCCCGGAUGCGGUGUACUUAAAUCUUAAGCCACUGGAAACGAACCCAAAGUCCCACACUAAGUGCAUAUCAAAUUGGUCGUGUGACAACUGAUAGCAUGUCAUACGGCCAUAUUCGAGAUUCGGCCCUUCUCAGCCUUCGUGCGUUUUCGUUAAACCUGCUCGUGUCAUUAAUUAAUGUCGUGUUAUCCAGGAUAAUCGCGUCAAUUUUGCAAGACGGCAAAAGCUAUAGAGAAAUAAGUCAAGGAGAAAGGAGCCGGAUUCGGAAUCUUUCGAGUACCUUGUAUAAGAAUCGCGAUUAGCAAUUUUGCAAGGAACAAUUAUACAAAGAAAUAAUCUUUCUUCUUUUUUAAAAUCUUUUAUACGUUUAAGAUCGCAUAGUUUCAAGGAGAGCCAUAAUUUAUUGAUUCGACGUUGUGUCGCGAGCCCGUGAGUUUCCCUUGGUUUCUAACGCGUUCCAUUAUUUACCCCAACUUUAUCUCCUUUGUUAUAUACAUAUGUAUAUUAUUCGUUCAUCCAUCAAUUUAUUGACCUCGUGUCUUAUCUCUGACUUUCCACUUUUAAAAGUGAGAUAGGAAUGAGAAAAUAGGCCAGGAGCGAGUCCCAAAGUCCAUGGUGGAAUUAAUGGGGGCUCGCUACGUCGAAUCUAGAUAUAUUUAUUCCUUUCUUAGUUAUUUAUGUUAUUGGAUUCGAUAGAUCCAAAUUUGUUUUCACUUGUAUCUCUAAAGAUUCUCAGUUUUUCUUAGCAUGCACUCCAUUCCAUGAUCCAGAGCCUGUCCUCCCUUCUUCAGACAGCUUGAGGCACACGUUCGAGUAUCAUUAAUUAUUUAAAUAAUUAAUAUCUCGUUGCAAAAAUUGGAUACCAUCCUCGUUUCACUUUUAUGACAAGAUUGCAUGGCAAAAUUUCACAAUCUGACCUUGUUUCUCUGUCUCUUCUUUCGAACUAUACCUAUGUAUACAUACGAUACAAUAUAUAUACGACGUUAUGUACAUACUCGUGUAGGUAUACUUAUACAUAAAGAGAAGCGCACCUAAGUAAUGUUAAAAAUAUUGAUAGUGUGUUUCUGUGCGCAUAUGAACAAUGUGUCCCAUGUAUCAAGAGCGAGAGGAUGUCUUGUAUAACGUGUGCAAGAUAAAGAAAGGCUGUACGUAUAAUGAAAGAAAAUGAAUAAAUGAACGGUAGAAUGUUAA